UAAGUCGGGAACCAGACAAGGAGGAAACCAAACCACGCAUGUUUUAAAAAUGGCUGAUUGUGAUGAAAUUAAAGAUGAAGAAAUUGUUAAAGAAGAAAACACCGAGCCUCAACUCGAAGAAUCGGUUACGUUUAAAGACUUAGGGGUCGUGGAUGUCUUAUGUGAAGCAUGUGAAAGUCUUAAAUGGAAAACACCUUCGAAGAUCCAGCGUGAAUCCAUCCCAGUUGCGUUGACUGGUAAAGAUAUCAUUGGAUUAGCUGAAACUGGUUCGGGAAAGACGGGCGCAUUUGCUUUACCCAUUCUUCAGACGCUGUUAGAUAAUCCUCAGAGAUUGUAUGCCUUAGUUUUGACACCAACAAGAGAACUGGCUUUUCAGAUAUCAGAGCAAUUUGAGGCUCUUGGGUCAACAAUUGGUAUAAAAUGCUGUGUUAUUGUUGGAGGGAUAGAUAUGAUGAACCAGGCUCUCAUGUUGGCAAAGAAACCUCAUAUUAUUGUAGCCACUCCAGGUAGACUUGUUGAUCAUCUCGAAAAUACUAAAGGUUUUAACCUACGAUCCCUAAAGUUCCUUGUGAUGGACGAGGCAGACAGAAUCUUAAACAUGGACUUCGAACAGGAAGUGGACAAAAUAUUGAAGGUUAUACCAAGAGAAAGAAGGACCUACCUAUUUUCUGCUACAAUGACCAAGAAGGUAGCUAAGCUGCAACGUGCUUCAUUAAAAGAGCCAGUGAAAGUUGAAGUUUCGUCAAAGUAUCAGACUGUAGAAAAACUUCAGCAGUCAUAUCUCUUUAUACCUGUCAAAUUCAAAGACGUUUACCUUGUUUAUGUUCUCAACGAAUUAGCUGGUAAUUCAUUCAUGGUGUUUUGCGCGACAUGUGCAAAUACUCAGAGAGUGGCUCUGAUGUUGAGAAAUCUAGGACUUAUGGCAAUUCCUCUACAUGGACAGAUGACUCAAGCUAAAAGACUUGGGGCUUUGACAAAAUUCAAAAGUAAGUCUAGAUCAAUAUUGAUAGCGACUGAUGUUGCAAGUAGAGGACUUGAUAUUCCACAUGUGGAUGUUGUGAUAAAUCUAGAUAUACCAACUCAUUCGAAGGAUUACAUUCACAGAGUGGGGAGAACGGCAAGAGCUGGACGUGCUGGGAAGGCUAUAACUUUUGUCACACAAUAUGAUGUUGAAUUAUAUCAGAGAAUUGAACAUUUGAUCGGCAAGCAAUUGCCUCUGUAUCAGACUGAGGAACAAGAGGUAAUGCUGCUAACGGAGAGAGUGUCAGAAGCACAGCGGCACGCCAAAAUGGAGAUGACAGAAGGUGUAGGGAAAAAGAGAAAACAUCGACAACAACAACAACAACAGGAAGAUGAUACUGAAGAGUCAUCCGGUGUGAAGAAAAAACUCAUGAGAAGGAAGAAACAUUAUUAAUAAAUUUCACUUUGUUAAAUAUAGAUCUACAUAUUUUGAUAAGGCAGAUAGAUUAAGAAUGUAAAUUUUUUAUGUGACUUCAGCUCUUGAUAAGAUUGUUGUAUUUUGCCGUUAACUGAUUAUCUUCUUGUUAUGAUGAUAAAGUGAAUAAUAAAAUAGUACAAAUGUA